AGAGUCGCCUUUUCAGUGCCGCGGCGCUCUGGGAAUACAAACCGUUUGUGCGAAGAAGAAGAAGAAAACUACGCUAAAACUGCGUCGUCACUGCGACUUUACUGUUCCUCCACUGCGUCUCUGUCUCCUCCGAAAGACUGCGACGUUGGCGUUGGUCUUUUUUAUCGAAGGAACUGGGGAAACAGUGAGAUACACAGUGGGAAGUCUGAAGUCUCUGCCAACCCUGGUCACACUGUGUUUGAGCACUGAGGAAGUUUGUUGACUGAGGACUGGACGUUUUCAGAGGGGAGAGCCUCACAAGGGGGGCCUCGUUCCCCAUCAUCACCACCCAUUGCAUCAACCCACUCCUUCCUAACUUCUGCAGCCCCUCCCCCCCUCCCCCGACAGACGUGGGAGGAGCGGAAGACUCGCGGAUCAGGAGGCUGUUCAGCGUGACAAACAAGAACCUGACUGUGGGAGGUGAAUCUGCCGUGUGCCAUGCUUUUCUAGCGAGGUCUCAUCAUCUGCCAAAAUGAGGCUGACGCCCGGCUCGCCUCCACCCGUCCUGCCAGCCAUCUUGGCUCUCACCUUAGCCGCCGCCUUACCUCAGCUGUCCUCAGGAGCCACACCGUUCCCCCAAGACCUGGAGCCAAUCAGCAAUGUGGGCAGAGAAACCUCCUACCUCUACCCGAGCUUCCAGGGACUCAUGUCGGACAAUGACACUGUCCGCCUGGGCCUGGACUUCCAGAGGAUGCUGAGGAUCAACCACAUGCUCUACAUCGCUGCCAGGGACCACGUGUUUGCCGUCAACCUCGCUGUGUCAUCUGAGCAGAUAAUCCCACAACAGAAACUGACUUGGAAGACGAAGAAUGUGGAGAAAUGCACUGUGAGGGGGAAAAACAGCGACGAAUGUUACAACUACAUCAAAGUGCUGGUGCCACGCAACGACGAGACCCUCUUCGCCUGCGGCACCAACGCCUUCAACCCCACCUGUCGUAACUACAGGAUGUCCACACUGGAGCAGGAAGGCGAGGAGGUGGUGGGACAAGCUCGCUGUCCGUUUGAGUCUCGCCAGUCCAACGUCGGCCUCUUCGCGGGUGGUGAUUUCUACUCGGCCACGAUGACCGACUUCUUGGCGAGCGACGCGGUCAUUUACAGGAGUUUGGGGGAAAGUAGCGCGGUCCUGCGCACGGUCAAGUACGACUCCAAGUGGCUGCGAGAGCCUCAUUUCCUCCACGCUAUCGAAUACGGGAACUACGUGUACUUCUUCUUCAGCGAGAUCGCGGUGGAGUACACCACUCUUGGCAAGGUGGUUUUCUCCCGAGUGGCUCGCGUUUGCAAAAACGACAACGGCGGUUCUCCGAGGGUGCUGGAGCGCUACUGGACGUCGUUCCUCAAAGCCCGCCUCAACUGCUCCGUCCCGGGCGACUCCUUCUUCUACUUCGACGUCCUGCAGUCGCUGACCAACGUGCUCCAGAUCAACCACCGGCCGGCCGUGCUCGGCGUCUUCACCACACAGGCAAACAGCAUCACCGGCUCUGCAGUCUGCGCUUUCUACAUGGACGACAUAGAGAAGGCCUUCAGUGGCAAAUUCAAAGAGCAGAGGAACAGCGAGUCGGCGUGGACACCUGUUUCCGAGGAUCAGGUCCCGAAACCGAGACCGGGCUGCUGUGCCGGCGAGGGCUCGGCCGCCGCCUACAAGUCGUCCACCACCUUCCCCGACGAAACCCUGACCUUCAUCAAGUCCUACCCACUCAUGGACGAGUCUGUGCCCUCGGUCAACGACAGGCCCUUCUUCACUCGAACCACCAGCAGAUUCAAGUUGACCCAGAUAGCGGUGGAUACGUCGGCGGGACCGUUUAAAAACUACACGGUGGUUUUUCUGGGCUCAGACAACGGCCACGUGCUCAAGAUCCUCGCCAGCACCGAGGGAGCCAACGCUUCCUUCAGCACGCAGCUCCUGGAGGACAUCGACGUCUACAACCCUAACAAAUGCAACGUGCGGGGGGAGGACCGGAGGGUGCUGGGCCUGGAGCUGGACCGGGAUCACCACGCGUUGUUCGUGGCUUUCUCCAGCUGUGUGAUCCGUGUGCCGCUCAGCCACUGCUCCGACUACAGCACCUGCAAGAAGAGCUGUCUGUCUUCCCGGGACCCGUACUGCAUUUGGCUGAAGUCGGGCAGCUGUGCCACAGUUUCACCUGGUUUCAAAGGCGGAUUUGAACAGGACGUGGAGAACGGCUACCACCAGUAUCCUGAUACCUGCCACGACGUCCUGGCGACCACUCGCAAGCAAAACACGGCGCUGGAUUCAGCGUAUGGGAAGACCACACCCACAAGCGCCAGCACAACCCAACAUGGGGCGGCUGACCCUGAAAGAGGUACAGGUCCUGAUGGCCCUCCCCCAGGGGGGGAACAAGGGUCACCUGACUCGGAGCCAAUCAGUGUGGAGAUGGAGGGUGUGAGGCGUCCACCAGACCUGGAGAAGACCAAUCACAGCGUCCACUACACGCUCCUGAUCGCUUGUGUUGUGGUCGCCUUCGUCCUUGGUGCCUUUCUCUCUGGUUUCCUGGUUUCCUGCUACUGCAACCACACGGGUCACAAGACAAAGAAGUUAGCAAAAGAUCCAGAGGCUCCUAUCCCGCACGCCCUAUCACUCCGCAGCCUGGCCAAGCUCAACGGUCUCCUGGACAGCCAAAGUAAGGAUGACAAAAUGGAGGUGUCAUCUCCAAAGAUCUACAAUUCUUUCUUCACCAACAGCAAGGAGCAUCACGCACCAAGGAGAAAUGUCCAUCAUGGAAUGACAAUGGGAGACCUGGUUCAUCCCCACCAUCACCACCUCCACCAUUCCUCAGAGCUCUCUGGUCUACCGACACCAGACUCCACCCCAGAACUGCCCAUCAAGAGCAUGAAAGCCUUCAAGAACCAGUGGGAGAAGAACCAGAAUUGCAACAAUGCCAAAGAACCAAAGUCUCACAACAUUGGCUCCAGGCCCAGCUCCGCCUUGCUUCACCAGCAGGUCUUCCCCUAUUCCCAUGGCCUUGCUAAUGGACAGCCACUCGUCAGUGGUCACCUUCAUUCAGAUGAACGGAAAAUCCUCAAUCUUGAACGUGGCUUAUCCCAGCAGCCAUAUAGCGGUUACUCGCCAAAGGUGAUGGAGGUAACCUCACUGGAUGAGAUCCUGAAGCACAUCCAUGAGGCAAGCAGCAGCAAGAACUCCCAGUUAAUGAGCCCAUCGGGUCUGAUGGCCAGCGGUGGUGGAAGUCAGCUAGCAUUCUCUAACCGCAUUCAACCUCAGAUCCCUGAGACGGAGUCAGCCCCGUACUACAGCUCGUCAACUUUACCUCGAGACAGCCUCACCCGACGCAUGGAUGUUCCUCCUGACAUCCCACCACACCACCAGUCCACCCUGGAGAGGAGGCACUCCUCCCAGAGGCACUCCCUGAUCGCUGCGGCUACCAAGAUGCCCAGUGGAGGUGGAGGUGGAGGAGGAAUGGUUACUCGCCAGCAAAGCUUCAGCCAACGAAACGGUGGGCCUCAUCAGCCGCCUCCUCUACUGGCACGGAUGAACUCAACGGGCAGCGCCUGUGAGGUUCACUACCCACUCAUCCCCAAUGGAUACCUGGCCCGUCAGCAAAGCUACAACGGAGAGCAGGAGAUCCAACACAGGGGCGCCAUUGUUCGUCGGGCCUCCUCUCUCAAACCUGAUGUCCCUCCCAAACCUUUGUUCAUACCUGCCACAUCCCCGGUCAACCAGCAGGGGAAGUUCAACUACUGAGGAGGUUCACUCCUGGACUACAGAGGGGCACUCCCUCAUUGUGUUUUCUUGAAGGACAUUCUCCUUGAAGAAAUGCAGUGGGUUCGAGGUAACAGACCUUCACGAAAAAACUCAACGUACCCCGUGACAACCAGUGUCACCGUGGACAAAAGCCUCAACCAAACUUGUUUUUUUCCCCCCCUCCCCUUCUUUUUGUCCAGCGAAUAUCUUUGUACCAUAUUGGUAUUGCUCAGCUACUCGCUUAUUAUAGAACCGCUGACUUGGGUGACGUGACGCCACCUCCUAAUAUUAGGCUGCCAAUGUCCUCAGUGUGGAUUUACAAUGCAACGUUGAUGUUGGAAGAACUUUAACACAUCAGUCAUCUUGAACACUAAAAAAGCCGGAGGCUCCUGCGAUGCUUAAAUUCAGGCUUUUUGCUUAACCUUUUCUGAUGUAGUGUUGGUAACCAGUCCCCACACGCCCCACCCCCACCCUCGAUUGUGUUUAUAUUAUGCAUGUGUGUGUAUAUAUAUGUGUGUUUAUAUCCACACCGUAUAUGUAUACAUAUACAUUUGCAGUAUAUGUAACCUGUGGUGAAAAGUCAGCAAAUUCCCCCGAAAGUAGUUAUGUCUUUGCCUUACUAUACUCUUUCAUCUUUGGGCAUAUCAUCAAACAACCCCCCCCCUUACACUUAAAGACACCAACUAUUCAUGCACUUCAUCCACACAACACACUGUCAGUCGGCCAAAAACAACGAACCAAAUUAGUUGGUGGUGACCAGAGAGAGGAAGUGUUUCAACGAAGCAGCUAUUCUCGUCUUUUCUCUCUCUCUCCUCCC